AAAUGGCUUCAAAGCUAGAGGAGGAUAUAUCCUGUCCUGUGUGCACUGACAUCUUCAAGGACCCAGUUGUUCUGUCAUGUAGUCACAGCUUCUGUAAAGUCUGUCUGCAGCAGUUCUGGGAAACCAAAGGAUCCAGAGAAUGUCCAGUCUGCAGGAGGAGGUCAUCAAAGGACGAGCCACCAAUCAACCUUGCGUUAAGAAACCUGUGUGAGACAUUUUUACAGGAGAGAGGUCAGAGAGGAGCAGUCUAUAGUCUCCAUGGCGACAAACUCAAGCUGUUUUGUCACGACGAUCAGCAGCUUUUGUGUUUCUUGUGUCGAGACUCAAAACUCCACAGGAAUCACCGGUUCAGUCCCAUUGAUGAAGCAGCAGUUGACCACAAGGAGGAGAUCAAGGUCAAAGUGGAUCCCUUAAAGGAAAAGCUUAAGGCUUUUGAAAAAGUGAAACUCACCUAUGAUAAGAAAGCAAAACAUAUUAAGACUCAGGCCCAGCACACAGAGGAGCAGAUCAUGAAGGAGUUUGAGAAGCUUCACAAGUUUCUACGAGAUGAAGAGGCAGCCAGGAUAGCAGCACUGAGGGAGGAAGAGGAGCAGAAGAGUCAGAUGAUGAAGGAGAAGAUUGAGAAGAUGAGCAGAGAGAUCUCAUCUCUUUCAGACACCAUCAGAGCCAUAGAAGAGAAGGUGGGAGCUGAUGACGUCACGUUUCUACAAAACUACAAGAGCACAGUUGAGGAUCUGACCAGUGUGAGACGUGGUGAUGAGUGGCAGCAGCUUCCUGAUAACCAAGAGAGAUUUGAUUGGUAUUACAAUGUCCUUGGCUCUGAGGGCUUUAACUCAGGGACUCACUGCUGGGAUGUGGAGGUUGGAGAGAACACAUGGUGGGGUGUGGGUGUGAUGACAGAGUCUCAUCAGAGGAAGGGAAACUAUACCUCCAUGAGUGGACAGUGGUAUGUGUUUUAUAAAGAUGGUAAAUAUGGAGCAUGUUCUCCACCACAGCCCUCCACUCUCCUCACAGUGAAGCAGAAACUCCAGAGGAUCAGAGUGCAGCUGGACUGGGACAUAGGAGAGCUGUCAUUCACUGACCCUGAUAAUAACACACAUCUACACACUCUCACACACACUUUCACUGAGAGAGUGUUUCCAUACUUUAAUACUGCCUGUAAACUCUCUUCUCUGAGGAUGUUACCAGUGAGAGCUUCAGUGAAAGUAGAGCAGCACAGCAAGAGAUGAUGUCACUUCCUUUUGCACUCUGACUAAUUGGUUGUUUUGUUAGUUGCCUUAAGAAAAUCCCACAGGUGUCACAUGAUCUGAAUUCUGUAAAUAUUACAAAUUGAAGGCAAACCUCUUUGACAAAAAUGUAAAUGAAAUUCCUAAACAAGUUACUUUUAUUUUCUAAAGGUACGCUGAUGUUGGCUACAUUUGUCCAUCCUUCAGUAUAAUCUGUUAAAUCCCACUGAGGUCCUGAAACAGUGGAGCAGCUCAGCUUCAGCUUCAUUAGUCUGAUCAGACUCUGACACUGAUGUUAACACUGAAACUAAAGCUGCUUUAAUGGGCUUUAAUCCAUUGUGUGAUUUUAGUUAAUGAGAGUUUUGAAUGAUACGAGAGAUAAGGAGUUGUAAGCAAAACAUUUCAGGAACGUUUCUUGUGGUUGAUGCAGCAAUCUGGCUUUAGUCCAGUAAAGAGCUGUAACAAAGCACAUGAAUAUACUCAGGAUUCAGCAGUGUAGGUCUGAACAACAAGCAUCUCAAAUUGGAGCCAUAUACGUAUACUGUUUAACCCUCAUGUAGUGUUCUCAACAUGGUUACAGAAUUGAUCGGCCUGACAUAAAUGACAUUUGAUUCUGAUUCACUUUGAUUUAAACCUUUCUAAAGAUGCAAAUAAUUGUCACUGUGACAGUUUUGUAAACCAUUAUGUAUAAUUUCAUUAUGAUUUUGAAUCUUCCUUUUAAUGAUGUUCUACUUGUUUGUGUUCAAAAUAAUGUAAAUUCACGAUAAAAUAUAACUUAAACAUACUUACAACUAGCGUAAAUCUGAAUCUCAGGACUAUUCGUAUUUUCUGUGGCUAACAAUGUCUUUAACAAUUAACAACACACGUUGAAAAUAUGCAUCAAAUAUACAUCAUGAAAUCUGUCAUUUUACAAGAUAAUAACUCGUAUUGUGUCUUCGGUCUAAUAUGCAUGGUUGAAUUUAUGAAGAAAAUGCACACCUAUUCAGAUCAACAUCCAACCGACUGCAUUAAAUGUGA